AUGAUACAGACAAUACAGGAUGUCAACGAUUGCGUGCCGCUGUACCUGCCGCACAGCUUGUACCUCAAGCCGCUGGCCAAGUUCAACAUAUCGGUCGCCUUGCCCGCCUCGAUCACGGGCAAGACGAUCUCGAACUUUGACGUGAUGGAAAAGAUGCGUCAGAUGAUUCUGCCGGACAAGUUCUCGCUGCUGAAGGUUUCCAAAAGCACGGUAGGCUUCAUACGGUUCGAAGGAGAGCUGGAGGAUCGCGGCAAGCUGAAGGCGGUUCUGGCGCGACUCGAUGGGCGCCCGCUCCGGUUGGCCGGGUUCGACGAUGCGGUCAAGGUGCGAGCAUCGGAAGCGAAGGACGAUUUCCCGACCCGUCACGAUUGGGACUCGUUUUUCCGCGAUGCCCGCAACAUGGACGAGAUGAAGGCGGGCGAGCGACCCGAUACGAUCCAUUUCAGUAACCUCCCGAUCAAGUGGUUCUGCCCGCGGCACACCGAAAACGAUGACAGCGCAAAGCCGAGCGAAAGCAUUUUCAAGCGGAUCUUCGAAAAGUUUGGCGAGGUGCGCGCGGUCGACAUACCGAUCUGCGAUCCGUACCGGUCGCAGAUGAAGGCGCACAUGUCCGGUAUGAAGAAGUUUAGCUUCGACCAGGAGAUGUACUUCGAAGGGUACGUCCAGUUUGCCGAGUACGUGGGCUUCGUCAAGACGAUGGACGAGUUCCGGGCGAUGAAGCUGGUGCGGAAGGAGGGCGAGCGCAAUCUGGCCGUCACGAUCGCGGUGGAGUUCGAUCGGACCAAACACCUGAGCGAUGCGUCGAUGAAGAAGCGACAGGUCGUGCGCGACCGAUUGAUCGCGGCCGAGCGCGAAAAGGAGGAGCUGGAGAAGCAACGGGUGGCCGCGGAGGAAGCCCGCAAAGAGCUGGAAAGAAAACGCGCGGAAGAGAAGCGACAGGCCGAAAUCGAGCAGCAGUUGCAGCGCGAGCAAAAACGCAAGGAGAAACACCUGCAGAAGCUGCGCCAGAAGGAAUCGGACGAGAUCAGCCUGAAGAUCCGGUUGGAGGAGAAGAAACUGCUCGAGGCGCAGCGCAAACUGGAGAGUAUCCGCCUGCUGGACGCACUUUUUGAGCGUAUGAAGAUGAAACAAUCGAUGGAGAAGGGCAAACAGAAGAGUAUUGUGUCGAGCGACGGUGAAGGGCCGGAUAAUGUGAGCAUAUCGUCCGACCAGGGCCGCCAGCGGAAGGCCAACAAGCUGAAGGUGGCCCAGGAGAAGGAGCUGGAACGAAUGCGGCUGCGGUUGAAGCAAGCUAAAGACGGUAGCGUCCUGAAGCAGGUGCUCAGCUCGGGCACCGGUCUCAAAGUGGCCCCGUCCCGUUCGCCGAGCAUCAACACGAUCAGCUCGGACGAUGGCAUCCUGAGCGAUACGCCGCGGAAAGCGAAAAAGAAACGCAAAUCGCAACCAUCGUCCGGCUCGUCCGGUUCUUCGUCCGACUCACCGGAGGACGAAGCGGCAGAGAAGGACGACAAGAGCGGCAAGCGUGAAGAGGGACCGCCGAAUCAACAGCAGCCGAUGCCGCCGCAGUACGGUGGUCAGCCUACGAUGGGCUACGAUCGUGCGGCCGCCAUUGGUUAUGGUCCGCCGCAUCCUUCGCUACAUCCAGCGUACUCGGCGGCCGCCAUGUACGGUGGCAUGGAUUGGACCGGUGGCAUGAGCUAUCCGUACGGGGCAACGUACGAUCCGUACUACGCGCAGUACUACAGUUCGCUGGCGUAUCGUGGCGCCUUCCGGACGGCCACCCGGGGGCCACGCUAUGCGCGCGGUGGACCGGGCAGUGUCGGUGGUGGAUCGCGAGGUGGCCGUGGUAGCUACCGUGGCCGCGGUGGAUACGAAGGGUACGGUUCGCGUGGCGGCCGUGGGGCGCUCGAUGAUUACGAUGGGUACGAGCACCACCACUCCCGAAGCCGAUCGUAUUCACGCUCAUCUCGAUCGAGGUCCCGUUCGCGUUCUCGCCACCGCCGUAGAUCGAGCCGGAGUCGCAGCCGUCACCGACGGUCACGGUCCAGAAGUAGCCGCAGCCGUAGCCGAAGAAGCCGCAGUCGCCACCGGUCACGAUCCCGCUCGGGCUCCAGUCGAUCACGCUCGAGGCGCAGUUCCCGGUCGCGAUCAUCUCGAUCCUCGCGGAGCCCGCAUGAGCGUAGUAAACGUUCGCGGACCGGUGGCUCCGCCGGCAGCGGUUCCGGAGCCGAGGAACGGGCAAAGAAUCGGAUGGCCGUGCAGAUGUCGAAGCCGACGUCGAAAAAUUUGGUGUCCACCAUACGUGGAGCCACUCGGUCGCGGUCUCACUCACGAUCGCGCAGCAACUACAAGCACCGUUCUUCGCGUCGCCAUCGUUCACCGCGCGGCAAGCGCGACGACACGGAGACUGCAUCGAUCAAGGCGGUCAAUGAGCCUUCGGUGGAAGAGCCGGGAUCAGGGCCCGGGAUCGGGACGGGGGGCAACCAAUCGGUCGGACCGAUUGGUCCCAGAUCGCCACCCGAACCGCCGACCAGCGGAGCGGUUUCACCACUUCCACCAGAGGAGCACAACGGAGGUGUACCGGCCGUUGGCAGCAUGAUGGACGAUGAGGAGCUCCCGGUGGUGUCGGAAUCGUUUAAAAAGCAUCGCAUCAUACUGCGCACCGAUCAGCUGGUGAAGAGUACGAAGGAGAUCGAGGAGGAAGUGCGGGGUCGGUUGAUACGCCAGCAGCAGGAACGCAACAAGGAGCAGGAACAGCGCGAGAAGAGAGCACGCCACCGGCGUAAGGAACGCCAUGACGAAGAAGAGGAUGACAGCGACGACGAUAAUGAGGAUGAUGAAGACGAGGAGGACGACGUCGACGAAGAGAAGGAGCCUGAAGUGCGGAAGCGCAGUAGGAUGGAGAAGAUGAAACCACGAUCGCGCAACCAUCACGCGACGCGGCCACCGUCGCCACCUUCUUCACCCCAUGGAAACGGCCCGAAGUUGAAGGAAGAGCAGCAGCAGCAGAUUGGCGUCGAAAGCCAGGUUCUGCGCCGUCGAAAGGAAGUUCCGGUGCAGAUUGAGCAGCGCAAACAGCAACGGCGAGGUGAACGAUCUAACGGAAACGAUCGUCGACAAUCGUCCACCUCAGAAUCGUCCUCUUCGUCGUCGUCGUCGGCUGACUCGGAGGAUUCCAGCAGUAGUGCUAGCAGCGAAAAUGAUGACAGCCGCCGGCACCGUAACCACCAUCAGCAGCAGCAGCAGCAACAGCAGCAGCGCCGUGUGUCGUCGCCUCCGGCUAGGGCGCUAAAUAGACGGUCCCGCGUGGAGGACACGCUUUCGUCACGGGAUCGCAAACGGGUGGUGGACAAGGUAGAGCCAGAGCCAGAGGUCACCAAGCCGACCAAACGCCAUCCGCGAGUGAUGGCACCGGCCAAGAGUCGAGGCCGAUCGAGAGAGCCGCCACAGCAGCAGCAGCAGGUUCGUGCGAGGGACGAUGAGAACCGUCGUCGGGGCCGUCGCUCUCCUUCUAGCAAACGAAGCCAUGCCAGGCAGAGCAGCGGAAGCCGUGAGGCGCACCGGAAAUCGUCUCAUUCUCGAGCGACCGCGGGCAGUGGCGAUGAAUCGAUGGCGAGACGCCGUGUUCCCGCCGUCAGCAGCAGCAGCUCCAGACACGCUGGCUACAGCAGACGAUCGUAGUGCGACGAUUGGAGUGCGUA